UCCGGAGCGCCCCCAGCGCGCUCUUAAAGGGGCCGCGCCCCGCGCUGAGGGGCGGCGGGUUCGGGGUUCGCUCCCGGUUCUCGGUCCUUGCUCCCGGUCCUUGCUCCCGGUCCCCGAUGUGGAAGAACCGGUGCUUGCGGCUCCUCCGGUCACCACAGCCGUGGGCAGAACGUACAGGGGCGGGACUGGAUCGGAUCGGUGCGCGUGUGGGCCGAGGUCUCCGUCCAGGGCCGCCCUGACACCAUCGGGUAUCCUCGGCGUGUUAUUAAUUCUCUGUAAUCACGAAUAUAUUCCCCUUUUCCACAAUUCAGUGCCGCGGUUGAGUCGGAAACCAGGAAAGGAGGGAGAAUUCCUGGAUUCCUGCAGAGCCCUGAGCCAUGGCAGAGGACAGGGAUUACAACCUGACCGAGGAGCAGAAGGCUGUGAAAGCCAAGUACCCCCCUCUCUGCAAGAAAUAUGAAUAUUUGGAUCACACAGCAGACGUGCAGCUCCAUGCCUGGGGGGACACGCUGGAGGAAGCCUUUGAGCAGUGUGCCAUGGCCAUGUUUGGCUACAUGACAGACACAGGCACCGUGGAACCCGUGGGCACAGUGGAGGUGGAGGCAGAAGGGCAUGACCUGUUGUCUCUCCUCUUCCAUUUCUUGGAUGAAUGGCUGUAUAAAUUCAGUGCUGAUGAGUUUUUUAUACCCAGGGAAGUGAAAGUGCUUCACAUUGACCGAAUGCAGUUCAAAAUCAGAUCAAUUGGGUGGGGAGAAGAGUUCUCUUUAGACAAACACCCCCAGGGCACAGAAGUCAAAGCCAUCACUUACUCAGCAAUGCAGAUCUGUGAAGAUGAAAAGCCAGAAGUCUUUGUCAUCAUUGAUAUUUAAACCAGAAGAGUGUGGUUGAGUGGAUAUUGGGCAUCAUCUGGCCAAAGCCCCUUAAAACUGUAAACCCUGUGGGAAAAACCCUGGAAUUGGUCAGUUAAAAUCAGCAAAUGAAGGGAGUAAUUGCAGGGAAUGUCAGAUGUUUUCACUGAGACAGAGAAUAAGAGGAAUUAAUUGGGGUUUUGGGGAUAUGGAGAAGGAGAGGUUUGUUUUGAAUCCUCCCAGGAUUCUGGCAGGCAGCUUUUAAGGCUGUAUGAAAUACAGAAAUUAGUGGAGCUAACUAAAAUACUCCCUUUUUGCAGCGUGGCAGGAGAUAAUGUUCAUCUAGAUUGAUUUUAUUUGCAUAUUUCAUUUUCUAAUUCGGAGCUGAUGUUCCUCCUCCACAUUACAGAAAUCCAAAAUAGCUGCAGUGGCUCAGAUGUAAUGUGGGAAAAAAAAUCUUGAGUGUUUAAAAUUAGACACCUAAAAAAUGAUGCCAAUUAAACAAACAAACCACCACAUCUUUUAAACUACUUAAAAAAGAAAUCGUGCCAGCAGGUGGUGCUGAAUUGCUGUAAAUAAAUUGCCACGUGAAAUCCUAAAGCAUGUGACUGUACCUGGAAUACUUUUAUCACCUCUGAUAACUCUAAAAAGUUGGUAGAAGGGAAUGGAAAGGGAUGUCCCAGGUUCUCCCUGGGUUCACUCCCAAUUGUAUCUUGUGAAAACUCAGUAUUUUUCUAAAAAACAUGGUUUGAUCAGGCUAAUUGUUUUUUAAAAAGAACAAUACAGACAAUCCUUAAACGUGAAUAGAUUACAGACUUGCUGAAUCAAAAUUAAUCUAAAAUAAUAAAAAAUGUGGGAUUUUUUUUUUUGAAAUCACAGGAUGGCAAAUGUGCAUUACCUGCUGUUUUAAUUUAAUUCAAAUAUGAGGAGCAUAGGCCUGGCCUGCUCUGUUACUGUAAAUGCUCCAAGUGCCUCACUGUGGUGUCUCAUCUUAUAAAGUCAUGUUAAAUAGUUCUGGUUUUAUUUCCAUGUUGUAUAGACUUAGGGGUAAAACCCCUCCAUUUUUUUAAGCAAGCCUCAAUGCCAAAAUAAAACUUCGGACUGAAACAA